GCCCAGACCUUCCAAAUAAAAUGACAAUAUACUGUAUUACUUUCCUCUCUCCCCAUCCCGUCCCAGUAUGGAGACUUCAAGCCACCUCCUGCUCCUCUUCUUCUUCUUCUUCUUCCCGCUGGCGGCUUUCUCCGGCGAAACCUGUUCCCCCAUAACUUGCGGCCUUAUCGGGCCACCUAUCCGCUUCCCUUUCUGGGUCCCCGGCCGGUACACCUGCGGCUACAAAGGCUUUGAUCUCUCAUGCCACCACAGGCGACCAAUCCUAACCCUCCCAGACGCCGGUGACUUCCUAGUCUCCAGAAUAGAUUACCAAAACCAGGUCCUGUUCAUCAACGACCCAGAUUUCUGCCUUCCAAAACGCCUCCUAAACUUCAGCCUUGCCGGCUCGGUGUUCCAGAAGGGGCCGAACUGGGCGAACGUCACUUUCCUCAACUGCUCGUCAGAGUUCCCCAUGGAACAGUUCGUCCCCGUGCUUUGCCUCAGCGGCAACCAUAAUUACACGACCGUCGUCUCUACUGACGGUACUCACGUGCCGCCAAGUUGCCGGAUUCUGGGGACGGUGUCGGCUCCGACCUACGAUCAGUAUACGUUUAACAUGGAUCUUUUAGAGAGUCUUCCGUUGACAUGGAAAUUCCCGAAUUGCCGGUCCUGUGAAGCCGGCGGCGGAACUUGCGGUUUGAAGAGUGGCAAGGUUAGCUGCUCCGGUCUUCCUCGCCGUGGUUUACCAAGGAGUGCUAAAUAUGGCGUCAUCAUUGGUGUCGGCAUCCCUGGUCUUGUAUGCCUCAUGGGACUCCUAUGCUGUGCUUGCAAUAGGAUCAAGACCUAUGGCCAUCGUCGCGGCCGCCGCCACCACCACCACCACCACGAGGAAUUCUUUAUGCCGGCAAUCAUUCCACAACCAGGGGGCGCCGUCGCGGCUGGCCUCAACUCAUCCACCAUAGAGUCGUACCCCAAAUCCGUGCUCGGACACAGCGGGCGGCUGCCGAGGCCAAAUGACAACACUUGCUCAAUUUGUUUAGCAGAAUACCAACCCAAAGAGACCUUGAGAACCAUACCAGAUUGCAACCACUAUUUUCAUGCUGCUUGCGUGGACGAGUGGCUGAAGAUGAAUGCCACGUGUCCUUUGUGCCGAAAUACACCAGUCGAGUCGUCGGUGGUAACGCCUCGUUCCUCCUCAAUCUCUUCCUCCUCGGCUAAUUCUUCAUCGUCCUAAUUAGUCAUCAAUUUUUGUUUUUUUUCACAUACAUCUUUUACACAAAAGUUAUGAGCUCGUUGAUAACAUAUGUUAAAAGGGGAAAACGCCUUUCAGAAUAGCUCAAAUUGCAUGAGGGUUACGGUUACAUGAUUUUGUAUAGAUUUUUGUAAAACUUUUUGUAUGAAUUUCAUUUUGUUAGUUAGAUAGUUUAAUUUGUAAAUGUUUUCGUAUGUAUGUAUUCAAAAGCCAUAACAUAUAUAGACUAUGGCUACCAUAUGGUAUCAUAAUAAAUAGUCAUACAUUCAA